GUAAGGGGGAGUGGUAGCGCAUGCGGGAACAGCUGCUAGAGUUUGUCGUGAGAAAGGCGGGUGCAGACUACGCACGGUGCGUUGCUAACGGAUUAAAACGCAGUCGCUCAUGCAAAGAUCCGCGGCCAGCGCUCCGCAGCUACGGACCCAGCCUCGGCAUGAAGAAGUCCUCAAGCCUCGAGUCCUUGCAGGCGGCCGUGCACGACCUCGCUCGCUCAGAGGACGUGCUCGACCCCGGUGCGAACUACACACGACCUCAGGUGAAGGUCGUUAGAGGUCGCGGAUGCAACGAGAGUUUCCGCGCAGCUGUUGAUCGCUCCUACGAGGCAGCCAUCGAGGCGGGCGUCGUGCUCGGACCGUUGUCCGAGGAGGAACAAGAGGCUAUGCGUUUGAGGUCGGACUCUGUGUCGGGGUCACUGAGGUCGGUGCCCUCGGUGCAGGCGCACGCGGCGGAGAGACCGCACGCGGUCGACGACAAGCGCAAGAAGAAGAAGGAGAAGGAGAAGAGGAAGAGUCUGCUGAGAGGCCUGGGUUCCAUGUUCAGGGUCGGGCGUCACAAGAAGGAUGAGGAGGAGGCUGGGAAUCACGCUCCGAACGACGUUCUCGCUGAUGAAGCUGAGAGGCAGCGACAGGAGAACCUCAGGUGCGUCCCACACCCCGGCAGGAGCGAUAUCGGCGGCCGCGUGACGUCACACGCGGGGUGUGUCGUCUGCGCCGCGGAGCCGCUCCCAGGCGUAGGCGGCGUCGAGCACGGUGACGUCAUCCCACAGCUUGCCGACGAGCAUGAGACCGACGGGAAGGCCGUCGGCCGUGAAGCCAGCGUUGAUGGAGAUCGCCGGAUGUCCGGUGACGUUGAAUACGGCUACGUUCUGUGACAUGCUGAUAGCGUGGUCGAUC